AUGUCAGAAGGACCCAGACGAUCAUCACGGUUGACUAAAGGCGCAGACGCCGUUGCGGCAGAGCCUGUUGCGCCCAAGCCCGCAACCAAAAAGCGUCCAGCAGCAGAAAAGAAAGCGCCCGUCGAAAAGAAGGCUAAAGUCGAUCCCUCGACCUCCGAGCCAGGCCCUUCUGAAGAGGCCACUGCCGCAACGAAACUGAAGCCCAUUGAGAUCGGCGACAGUCUUCCAGCGGGACUGGUCUUGAAGAAUGAGAAGGACGAAGACUUCGACGUGUCAAGCGUGACCGCUGAUAAGGGCGUGAUCAUAUUCUUGGUUCCGAAGGCGAAUACAAGCGGAUGCACGACACAAGCGUGCGGCUUCCGUGACAAUUAUCCAGAUUUUACUGGCAUAGAUUACGACGUCUAUUGUCUCAGCGCGGACAAACCGAGCGCACAGGCGAGCUGGCAGAAGUCGAAAAGCCUGCCUUACGGCCUCAUCUCAGACCCGGAACGUAUCCUCAUCACAGCGCUGGGUGCAGGUAAGAAUGGCAAGACGGGCAGGAGUCACUUUAUUUUCGAGAAAGGGACGGGGAAGUUGAUUGAUAAGAAGAUUCCUGUGAAGCCUGUCGAUAGCCCGAAGUUGGCGUUGGAGUUCAUCAAGAAGUAUAAUGCUGAAGCUGCCAAGUAG